CGAAAGACGGCAGUCUGGUUGACGGUUCCAGGUACGAAAACCCUCCCUGUCCUCCAAAAGGUUUUUUCAUCUUCCGUCCCACCGUUUCCAAGCCACGUUGGUGUUCCCACCAACCCCGGCAGUGCACUCGAUUGCCCCUCCUUUGCCGCCGCCGCCGCCGCCUUCGCUCCCUCCUCGCCGACUUAGCCUAUAACUUUUCUUCCGCUCCCCAACGGGGGAAAAAAAAAAAAAAAAGAAAAAAGUAAAAAUAAAAAUAAAAAUAAAAAGGAAAAGGACAUUUCGUUGACACUCGCCCGUCACUCGCUAUCCUAUCGUUUGUUGUUUUUGUGAAUGAGUGCUUGUUUUCUGCGCCGUGUGCUACCUUCUCAGCUCAAGGCAGCAUUCCAGUUUGGCAAACGACGCGCGGACACCCGGUUUUGGCUCAAGGAUAGGCAGGCCUCCAGCACCAAAAUCAGCCCUAUUGUCUCUCGCUUUCACGUCCUGACAUUCGUCCCUCGUUCUUCCACCGUUGCUACCUCGAAAGCAUCCUCUCUCUGGACAUUUUCGAUUUCCCUAGUUCUUUUGUGCGGCGGUCUAGCAUUGAGCAAUUCAUAUACGAGUAUUUGGCCAUUUGGGGACCCUAAGAUAGUUAAGAUACACGACGAGUCUUUCGCCGACGAGCUGCAAAACCCUGAGAUUCUACAAACUAUGACUGAGCAAAUCCCUACCGGCCACGUCGGCAACCUUACGUUGGAGGAGGAAGCGAAGCUAAAAGAAUUCUGGGGCGCGCUUUUUAAAUUAUUCGGAGUUGCAGAUUCCCCAGAAGAGAGGCAGCCGACUCCACCAACAUCGCCUAGUGACACUGCUUCCGACCCGAAGAAGCCUAAGCGCAAACUCGGCCUGUUUGGUAAAAAAGAUGGAAAUGCUGAAGAGCAUGGUGUGAAAUCUUCCGAUGUCGAAGAUAAAUAUGGCCAAACCAAGGAGUUUUACGAUGCUCUCUCCACCCAUACACCAGAACAGUUAAGAAUUGCGUUUUGGAGUAUGGUGAAGCAAGACCACCCUGAUGCCCUUCUACUCCGCUUCCUUCGCGCCCGGAAAUGGGACGUGAAUCGGGCGAUGAUCAUGUUAAUAUCUGCCCUACACUGGAGAGCCAAAGCCAUUAAUCUUGAAGAGAAGAUUAUGAAAGUUGGAGACGCUGGCGCCCUUGAAGGAACAAAAAGCAGCGAUCCCGCGAUUAAAAAGGAUUCCGAAGACUUCAUGAAUUUACUCCGACUUGGCGAGAGCUUUAUACAUGGGAAGGACAAAGCCGGCAGACCAGUCUGUUACAUUAGAGUGAGACUGCACAAGGCUGGAAUACAUUCCGAAGCGGCACUAGAAAAUUACACUGUCUAUCUGAUCGAAACGUCAAGAUUAUUAUUGGAAAAGCCGGCGGAGACAGCUGCCCUUAUCUUUGACAUGACCGACUUUUCUCUCGCAAACAUGGACUAUGCUCCAGUAAAGUUCAUGAUCAAGUGCUUCGAAGCUAACUACCCUGAGAGUCUUGGUGUGAUUCUUGUGCACAAAGCCCCAUGGAUAUUUUCCGGUAUUUGGACUGUCAUCAAAGGCUGGUUAGAUCCAGUCGUUGCUGCUAAAGUCCAUUUCACAAAGACCGCUGAAGACCUUGAAGCAUAUGUUUCACGUAGCCAGCUCAUCAAGGAAAUGGGUGGUGACAACCCAUAUACAUACAAAUAUAUCGAGCCGGAAGUAGGGGAAAAUUCAAGGCAGGAGGAUACCAACGCGAUGGAGACCUUGAUCAGCAAACGGUUCCAAUACGCCGCUGAGUUCCAGCUUGCUACGAAGUCAUGGAUAUCAACAAAUGGCGCCUCUGCAAUGGCCGAAUCAGCGGAACUUAUGAAAACGCGAAACAACAUUGCUUCUCAAUUGCAUGACAACUAUUGGUACCUUGACCCAUUCGUGCGGGCACGAUCUCUAUACGACCGCCUCGGCGCUAUUCCACGCCGCGAAGCCAAGAAAGCUACAUCAUCCAGAGCAGAUAGUCUCAAGACUCAUAUUUCCGAGAAGCGCAGCUUUGAAAUUGUCACCACGAGACAGAUUCUUGUUGAUAGUGAUGGCGAUGAAGUCGAUUAGAAGUUGAAGUCGAUUGUCGCUCUUGUUCUCUCCUCUUUGUUCUAACUUCUUCGACCACUCAACACGGCAUUUAGCCUUGGCUUCUUUUCAGGAACGUUUGCUCAGAAGCUUGAUGCCAAUUAUCUCUGUGGCCCUAUCGUGGGCAAAGAGAUCGGAAAGUCGUACUCAUUCUUUUGCUUGAUUACAUUUUUACUUGCUUCGGGACCUUUGCAUGGUUGCUUUUCUUUCCUAAACCGUCGGAUUAUGGAGAAAACGGAUGGCAUACAGUUGAUUCCCCUUUGAUUACGUGACUUGAAGCAUAUAGGACUGGUCCUGUACAUUAAACUCGCCUCUCCUGUGCUCUCUAUCCUGCGCUCCUUCUCCUGGAAGAUUCUUCUCUGAUCCAAAAAAAUAAAUGAACACCAAGGUGUUUUUGUGCAAAGUAC